AAAUCUGGUUAAGAAGUACUGUCCUAAACGUUCACCCAAAGAUGAGGAACCCAGGUUUACUUCAUGCAUUGCCUUUUUUAACAUCCUUAAUGAGUUGAAUGACUAUGCAGGACAACGAGAAGUAGUUGCAGAAGAAAUGGGACACAGAGUAUAUGGAGAAUUGAUGAGAUACUCUCAUGAUCUAAAAACUGAGAGAAAAAUGCAUCUUCAGGAAGGGCGAAAGGCUCAGCAAUAUUUGGACAUGUGCUGGAAACAGAUGGAUAAUAGCAAAAAGAAAUUUGAGAGAGAAUGCAGAGAGGCAGAGAAGGCGCAGCAAAGCUACGAAAGACUGGACAAUGACACUAAUGCGACAAAGGCUGAUGUUGAGAAGGCAAAGCAACAGUUAAACCUGCGCACGCAUAUGGCUGAUGAAAACAAAAAUGAAUACGCUGCACAACUACAGAAUUUUAAUGGAGAACAGCACAAACACUACUACAUUGUCAUUCCUCAGAUUUAUAAGCAACUUCAAGAAAUGGAUGAAAGAAGGACUAUCAAACUUAGUGAAUGUUACAAAGGCUUUGCUGACUCUGAGCGGAAGGUUAUUCCAAUUAUCUCUAAAUGUUUAGAAGGGAUGAUUCUUGCAGCGAAAUCAGUUGAUGAACACAGAGACUCUCAACUAGUGAUAGACUGCUUCAAAUCUGGUUUUGAACCUCCUGGAGAUUUUCCAUUUGAAGAUUACAGUCAGAAUAUUUACAGAACUAUCUCUGAUGGAACCAUCAGCACACCAAAGCAGGAAGGAAUGAGAAUUGAUUCAAAAACUACAGUGGGCAAGGCUAAAGGAAAGCUGUGGCUAUUUGGAAAGAAGCCAAAGGGCCCUGCACUAGAAGACUUCAGCCAUCUCCCUCCCGAACAAAGACGCAAGAAACUGCAACAGAGAAUCGAUGAACUCAACAGAGAACUACAGAAGGAAACAGACCAAAAAGAUGCCCUCAUCAAGAUGAAGGAUGUUUAUGAAAAAAAUCCCCAGAUGGGUGAUCCAAGCAGUUUGCAACCAAAAUUAACUGAGACUAUGAGCAACAUGGACCGUCUUCGGAUGGAAAUACACAAGAAUGAGGCCUGGCUCUCUGAAGUUGAAGGUAAAGUAGCAGCCAGAAGUGACAGGCGGCACAGCAGUGACAUCAACCACCUUGUAACACAGGGCAGAGAGAGCCCUGAAGGGAGUUACACAGAUGAUGCCAAUCAGGAAGUUCGAGGCCCAACCCAGCAACAUGCACAUCCAAAUGAGUUUGAUGAUGAGUUUGAAGAUGAUGAUCCAUUACCAGCUAUAGGACAUUGCAAGGCAAUAUAUCCGUUCGAUGGUCAUAAUGAAGGCACUCUAGCAAUGAAAGAAGGGGAAAUUUUGUACAUUAUUGAGGAGGACAAAGGAGAUGGGUGGACAAGAGCUCGAAGACAUAAUGGAGAGGAAGGCUAUGUGCCAACAUCAUAUAUAGAUGUAACGCUAGAGAAAAACAGCAAAGGUUCCUGAAGCGGGUUUCUGAGAAAAUGGGCGAGAUCUUGAAGGAGGUUACAUGCAGCCGCUGGGGCGGGGGGGGGGGGAAAAAAAAGGAUUAGACUGGGAGGCCCAGGGGGAAAAGCUAGUUGCAUGAAUGCAUGCAGACAUACAUUUAGUCACUAACAUCUUAGCAUCUCCAUACAUAGGUAAGGAUGUAUUACAAAUUCUUCAAUUUGUGCAGGAAAUUAAGAGUUCCACUACCAGAGUAAAAAGGCUACUGCUCCUAAAAUUGCUUUAUUUUCAUUGUCCUAGGUUGUUCCAGAUGCACAAACUAUAUUUCAGCUUGUGCUAUGUUUUGGUUAUCUCAAUUAUGCUCUUUUCCAACUCAUUUUAAUGGGCAGUCGUUUAUAACCGUAUGUCAGUUAUCAGUCUGCCUGUGCCACCUCCAUGCUCGCCCUUAACCUCUUCCUGCAUGCCUAGGACAGUCAGGCUUGUCUGCAUAACACUUUGCCGUCAUU